AUGGUCAAGGUCCUCGCUAUCCUCUACUCUGGUGGUCAAUCCGCCAAGGAAGAACCCCGUCUCCUCGGUACCAUCGAGAAUCAGCUCGGCAUCGCCAACUGGCUCAAGGAGCAAGGUCACGAAUUGGUUGUCACCGACGACAAGGAAGGCAACUCUUCAGAGUUCCAGAAACACUUGCCCGACACUGAAAUCCUCAUCACCACCCCUUUCCACCCUGGCUACCUCACCGCCGACCUCAUUGAGAAGGCUCCCAAACUCAAGCUCUGUGUGACUGCGGGUGUUGGUUCCGAUCACAUUGACCUCAACGCUGCCAACAAGCACAAGAUCACUGUCGCCGAAGUCUCUGGUUCCAACGUCGUCUCUGUCGCCGAACAUGUGUUGAUGACCAUCCUCAACCUCGUCCGCAACUUUGUCCCUGCCCACGAGCAGAUUGUCAACGAUGACUGGAACGUCGCCGCCGUCGCCCGUAACGCCUUUGACCUUGAGGGCAAGGUUGUCGGUACAGUUGGUGCUGGCCGAAUUGGUUACCGAGUGUUGCAGAGGUUGCAGCCUUUCGACUGCAAGGAGCUCUUGUGGUUUGACUAUACCGACUUGCCUCCUGAUGCUGCCAAGGCUAUCAAGGCUCGACGAGUCGAGAAGCUCGAAGACUUUGUUGCCCAGUGCGAUGUCAUCACUAUCAACUGUCCCCUCCACGAACAAACCCGUGGCCUGUUCAACAAGGAACUCAUCUCCAAGAUGAAGCCCGGAUCCUGGCUCAUCAACACCGCCCGAGGCGCCAUCGCCGACCGGACCGCCGUCAAGGAGGCUCUCGCGUCUGGUCAUCUCCGAGGCUACGGUGGUGAUGUGUGGGAUGUCCAGCCUGCUCCUCAGGACCACCCCUGGAGGCACUCUUUCAACCCGCUCGAUGGUGGUAAUGCUAUGGUCCCGCACUACUCUGGUACCACUCUCGACGCCCAGAAGCGAUACGCUGAAGGUACCAAGGAGAUCAUCCGCCGAUACUUCCAGGGCGAGGAGCAAGAUCCCGUCAACCUCAUCGUCGUUGAUGGCGAGUACGCGUCCAAGGCUUACGGCCAGCGCGCGGCCAACAAGAAGGAAGUCAGCCAGGAGAAGGCUGCCAAGUAA